AUGUCUGCUGCCACGCUAGUUAUCAACGGGAAGGCGCCCAUUGUGGCGUACGGUCCCCUGAUUGCUGCCAGGAUUGCGAACAGUGCCAAAUCUUCCAGCGUUGCUAUUGAGUUUGUCGACGACAAAAACGCCGCACCAGCCGUCUUUAACGGUGACUCCGAGGAUGUUCUGAGUAAGAUUGCCGCUCAAUUCCCUGAACUGUUUGCUCAGGAGGAGGCCGCUGAUGUUGCUACAUGGGUCAAGACUGCGAACGACGAGUUUGUUGUCAAGAAUUUUGCCAAGUUGGCAGAAUCUUUGGCCAAAUUGGACGCACACUUGAACUUGAGAACUUUUGUUCUAGGUGGGUUGAAGUACUCUGUGGCCGAUAUUGCGUGCUGGGGGGCGUUGCGGUCCAACGGGAUGGUUGGGUCCAUCAUCAAGAACAAAGUGUACGUGAACGUUUCUCGCUGGUACACACUCUUCGAAAUGUUCCCUCAAUUUAGCAACGCACACGAAUUCUUGACCAAGUCUAUGCAAGAGUUGAAGAAGGCAAGCACAGCUGGUAAGAAGAAGGAAUCUCACAAGGCCAACUUCGAGAUCGAUCUGCCAGAUGCCAAGAUCGGUGAGGUCGUCACUCGUUUCCCACCUGAACCAUCUGGAUACUUGCACAUUGGUCACGCCAAGGCUGCUUUGCUGAACCAAUACUUUGCGCAGGCAUACAAGGGGAAGUUGAUCAUCAGGUUUGACGACACCAACCCAUCGAAGGAAAAGGAAGAAUUCCAGGACUCCAUCUUGGAGGAUUUGUCCCUCUUGGGUAUUAAAGGUGACAGAGUCACUUACUCCUCUGACUACUUCCAGCAGAUGUACGACAUGUGUAUUCAGUUGAUCAAGGAGGGCGGUGCAUACUGUGAUGACACACCAACUGAGAAAAUGAGAGAGGAGCGUAUGGACGGUAUUGCUUCUGCGAGACGUGACCGGUCCGUCGAAGAAAACUUGAAAAUCUUCACCGAGGAAAUGAAGAACGGGACCGAAGAAGGGUUGAAGAACUGUGUCCGUGCCAAGAUCGACUACGCGGCGCCAAACAAGACCUUGAGAGACCCUGUCAUUUACAGAUGUAACUUGACUCCUCACCACAGAACAGGAGACACUUGGAAGGUGUACCCAACGUACGACUUCUGUGUUCCAAUCGUCGAUUCUGUGGAGGGUGUCACCCAUGCUCUACGUACGAUCGAGUACAGAGACCGUAACGUCCAGUACGACUGGAUGUUGAAUGCCUUGCACUUGAGAAAGGUACACAUCUGGGAUUUCGCCCGUGUCAACUUCGUGAGAACAUUGCUGUCCAAGCGUAAGUUGCAAUGGAUGGUUGACAAGGGUCUAGUCGAGAACUGGGAUGAUCCAAGAUUUCCUACCGUCAGAGGGGUCAGAAGAAGAGGUAUGACCGUUGAAGGUUUGAGAAACUUUGUUUUGUCCCAAGGUCCCUCCAGAAACGUCAUCAACUUGGAGUGGAACUUGAUUUGGGCAUUCAACAAGAAGGUCAUCGACCCUGUCGCUCCAAGACACACUGCAGUGGUGGACCCAGUCAAGUUGCACAUCGAGGGUGCGCCAGAGACCCCAAAGACUGAAAUGAAGCCAAAGCACAAGAAGAAUCCUGCUGUUGGUGAGAAGAAGGUGAUAUUCUAUCAAAAUGUCGUCAUUGACAAGGAGGACGCCGCUUCCUUGGAAACUGACGAAGAGGUUACUUUGAUGGAUUGGGGUAACGUCAUCAUCACUAAGAGACACCCUGACGGCUCCCUUGAAGGUAAGCUACAUUUGGAAGGUGACUUCAAGAAGACGAAGCAUAAGCUAACCUGGUUGGCCGACACUGAAGACGUUGUGCCUGUUGACUUGGUCGACUUUGACCACUUGAUCAACAAGGACAGACUGGAAGAGGGCGAGAGUUUCGAAGACUUCUUGACUCCACAGACCGAGUUCGAGACCAAGGCCAUUGCGGACUUGAACGUCAAGCACAUGAAGGUCGGCGACAUCAUCCAGUUUGAGAGAAAGGGUUACUACAGACUGGACUCUUUGCCAAAGGAUGGGAAGCCAUACAUUUUCUUCACCAUUCCAGAUGGUAAGUCUGUCAACAGAUACGGUGCCAAGAAAUAG